AUGCGCCGCCCAGACCCUACUUCUUCCCUUCUUUCUCCUGCCAAUUACGACAACGAUGCAUCUUCGUUGCGGUCACCCUCCGAGCAGGACUCAGAUUCCGACGAUGACGCGCUCCUCGAUCAGCACCGCAGCACCUUGGAAAUUGCAGAGCACGACCGGGCAGUGCUAGAAGAUGAAGAGGAGCUAGAGAAUCUUCUGAUCCGGCGUGGCACUGGACAUGGUCUGCGGAGGAUAUUCAGCCCAAAUGGUAGCACUGUGAAGAUCGGGAAGACGAAAAAGGAGCGGCGACGGCGGAGGGGGUCACGGCGGGAGAGAGUCAGUGAAGACGGCGAGCUGAUGUAUGAGAUGGAAGAGGGAAUUGGUGACGAGAAUGCCUCUGUUUUGAGUGCAUCAUCGUUAGAUUUGGACAGGACAGGCGAAUACAGAUAUGAACCUCCUCCACGGCCUUCAUGGCGAAGAAUACUGUUUAUAACUACUCUCAUCGCUAUACUCUUCGUCAUCCUCUUCCUCGGCGCGUAUAAAGCCUCUAGUGGGUUCCGGGCUUCACGAGCACACCCUCCACGCUUGCUCUCCAACGGCACAGCUCUCUUUGCGCCAACCACUAUCAUUAUCUCGCUCGACGGUUUCCGGGCCGACUUUCUCGACCGUGGCCUGACUCCUGCGCUGAACUCACUCAUCGCCAAUGGCGUUUCCCCGCAAUAUAUGAACCCGAGCUUCCCGAGCGUCACCUUCCCAAAUCACUUCACGCUUAUGACUGGACUAUAUCCCGAGAGUCAUGGCAUUGUAGGAAACACAUUUUGGGACCCGAAGAUAAAGGAAGACUUCUACUAUACCCAUCCCACUGUCAGCAUGCAACCCAAGUGGUGGAUGGCGGAACCGCUCUGGGUGACCGCAGAAAAGCAGCGCGUGAAGACCGCGAUCCAUAUGUGGCCGGGGUCUGAGGCGCACAUUGGUGACAGGGAGCCGAGCUUUUUGGACAAAUAUAACGGGACGGAACUCUUGUCGCGCAAGGCGGAUCGGGUCCUUGGGUUUUUGGAUCUACCGGGUGUUGAGGACGAAUCGCAGAUAACACCUGAGCGGCCGCAGUUGAUCGUAGCUUACGUUCCUGACGUUGACCGAGAUGGGCAUAAAUUUGGCCCUAAUAGCACUGAAAUCCGAAAGACCAUUUCAGCAGCGGAUAGCAUGGUUGCGAGCAUUAUGACUGGUCUUGAGCAACGCAAUCUCACCGACGUGGUAAACAUCAUGGUUGUCUCAGACCACGGCAUGGCUACUACCUCUACGGAAAGGCUGGUUCAGUUGGACGAUUUGAUUGAUUAUGAUCUGAUUGAACAUAUUGACGGGUGGCCAUCUGGUGGUCUGCGCGCCAAGAAUCCUGAGGAUCUGGAGACCCUUCGCAAACAAUUGGAGAAGGUGGCUCCGGAUUACGAGCAUGCUUUUGAAUUUUACACACGGGAGACAAUGCCUGAACGGUAUCACUUCUCAAACAACGAACGCAUUGCGCCAUUGUGGGUCAUCCCUAAGGCGGGAUGGGCUCUCGUUGAUCGGUCAGAGUUCGAUGUCAAGGAGGCUUUGAAGACUGGGAAGGAAUACCAUCCUCGAGGUAUUCACGGGUACGACCACGAGCAUCCAUUGAUGCGUGCAAUAUUUAUUGCGCGCGGCCCAGCCUUCCCUCAUAAGCCAAACAGCCGAUUGGAUGUUUUUCAAAACAUCGAGGUAUAUAACAUUGUCUGUGACUCUUUGGGUGUCAAUCCCCUUCCAGGCAAUGGCACACUACGACUCCCGCUGAAGCCAGUCGGCCUUCACUCGGAUGAGAACGCACCGGUUUUGGACACACCACCUGAUCCCCCGGCUCAAACUUCACCAACAGCAGGGCCUUCGCAACCUGCAUAUCCGCAGCCAUCACCUCCACAACGCAAGCCACCACGGCCAGCACCGAGACCCACUACAGCAGCCAAUGCACCACCCGCCACAGACUACCAAAGUGACGAUGAGAAGGGUUCGACGUGGUGGGGCACAGUCUGGCACAAACUCGAUGAUUUUAAGAACUGGGCUGGUGGCGUUGCCGAUGCUGUUCAAGGCAAACACCCGGAAUCUGACAGUUGA